AUGCCCCCGAACAAGUCCGCUGUCACUGAGUUUCAGCUCCUAGGGUUCCAGAACAUUGUUGAGUGGCAGACUCUGCUCUUUGCCAUUUUCCUGGCUGUCUACACUCUCACCAUUGCAGGCAAUGUUGUUGUCAUCGCUGUGGUGAGCCAGCAGCAGCUGCUGCACUCUCCGAUGUACUCUUUCCUUAAACACCUCUCCUGUCUGGAGAUCUGCUACACGUCCACCAUCGUGCCCCUUCUCCUCGCCAGCCUGCUCUCGGGGGGCCGGGCCAUCUCCUUCUCUGCCUGCAUGGCACAGCUCUACUUCUUCGUGUUCUUUGGGGCUACCGAGUGCUUCCUCCUGGCCAUGAUGGCCUGCGACCGCUAUCUGGCCAUCUGCCGCCCACUCCACUACCCCGUCCUCAUGAGCCCCGAGACCUGCACCAAGCUAACGGCUGCCUCCUGGCUGAUGGGCGCUGGCACGGGCUUUCUGCCUUCCCUGAUGAUCUCCACGUUGGACUUCUGUGGCCCCAACCAGAUCAACCACUUCUUCUGCGACCUCCACCCACUGAUGCAGCUGUCGUGCUCCAGUGUCCAUGUCCCCGAGCUGGCCAUCUUCGUCCUGUCCAUCGCCGUCCUCUGCAUCUGCUUCUUCCUGACCCUCAUGUCCUACGUGCUCAUCGUGUCCUCCAUCCUGAGGAUCCCUUCAGCCUCUGGCCGGAUGAAGAGCUUCUCCACCUGCGGCUCCCACCUGGCUGUUGUCACCAUCUACUACGGCACUAUGAUCUCCAUGUAUGUGCGCCCCCGUGCCCAGCUGUCACCGGAAAUCAGCAAGAUCGCUUCUGUCUUCUACACUGUGGUCACCCCACUGCUGAACCCUGUUAUCUACAGCUUGAGGAACAAAGACUUCAAAGAGGCUGUUAGAAAAGUUGUGAGGAGGAAGUGUGGUAUAUACAGAGUUGGAGUGAGAGGAAGCUCCGUUGUUUGAUAAGGAAAGCUGCGGAGGACACUUGGUGGACUGAGUGAGGCCUGGGGUGGUGGCUACAGAAGCUCUGCUGAUGUCCCUGUGAGCCCAGGAUGGACCCCACAGGUCAGAGCGGAGCAGCUGCUGGCGGGGGUCUCUGGCCAACAACCGAUCAAAGGUGAAUGGUCUCUGUUAAACCAUGCUGGGGGAAAUUUUAUCCUUGGUUGCUUUCUUUUACCAUCUAAUGGGAAUCAAGAUGGUAACAUUCCAGGGCCUUGUGACUACACACAUGUGAGCUUCAGAUUGUACGGGAUUCCUCUUUUCUUUCAAUAGCCUUAGGUACAAAAGUCUCUAUAACUUCUAAGAACUGUUGGGAAAUCCUUAGGACCUUUGUGGACCUGACCCUAAUGGGACACUGGUGUUUGUUAAACAGCUAUGGAAAGAAGGAAUGAAAAAGAAUAUGUGUGAAAUGGGCAUUUAUCCACAAUAUCUACUGGACACAAGGAAGAAUAGAUGAGUAUUUUUG